UAACCUUUAUUGUCAGUGGUUAUAUGAAAUGUUUUUUUGAGGUAAAGUUUAAUAAGCCAUCCUAAAAAUGGCUGGGAGUAUGAGACAAUUAGAGGAACGGCAACUUCCAGCCGAAGUAACAAAAAUGCAAUGGUCGCCGAAAAUGGAUCUUCUAGCAAUUGCCAAUGUGAAAGGUGAAGUUACUCUUCAUAGAUUAACUUGGCAAAGAGUAUGGCUGUUAAGUCCUCAGGAAGAAUCUGAUACUAUAGUGAAUUUAGCAUGGAGACCAGAUGGAAAACUGUUAGCUGUUUGUUAUGAAAGCUCUAAAUUGGUGUGUCUUGUAGACAUUGAGAAUAAAAAUAUUAUACAUAAAACAAAACUUAACUUUCACAAUGCAAUUACGUGCAUUACAUGGUUGCCAUUGACAAAUCCGGAGAGUGGUGGUUCCUUGAGUGGGAACAAAACGAAUAUGUUACCAACCGGAGAAUAUCUUCCACCUUUACCUAGUUUAAAUAGAAGUUUUGGUCAAGAACCUGAACGAAAGGAAUUCUUAUUUCAAACCUUAGAUAUACUUUUUCUUGGUUUAGAUGAUGGGAAUGUUGCAAUGUAUGUGUUUGGAAUGUUCUAUUGUGGCACAAUAUCAGUAGGCCGUGGUCGAAUAUUAGAAAUCAGUGGUGGAUCCAACAAGCCAAUGUGGAUUACAUGGAAAGACAAUAGUGGCAUUAAAGUGAAUAGAAUGUGGUGUCCACUACUGAAACAAAACACAGCAUUCUUAAAGGUAGCACAAGCUCAAGCUAAUAUAGAAUAUUUGAUGGAUUACCUUUCACGCACAUUAAUGGCCAUUUCCGAAGCAUGGGAAACAAUUCUCUUGGAAAUGGAUGAAAAGCUUGCACGCUAUGCAGAUACAAAUCCACCUGGUGGAGUUGCUGCUGAUUUUUUGGAGUUGUUAAUGAUCGGUAUACCAACACAAAACUUGGAAAACUUUUUGUUGCAAGAUUUGACUGAGAAGGGUUUGAAAAAAUUGGGACACAGUAUUGAAAUGUGCUACAGUAAUAUACAGAAAUUAGUUUUAAAAAAUUUGACCAGUGUUGGAAUGGCAUUAGUGUAUCAGUUGGCUGAAAUGAGAGGUAUGGUGAGACUGGGUGGUCCUUAUGAGUUGUUGGGACUAACAGAUGAAGGUGUUAUAACUAAUGCUCUUCAUGCAUCAGAAGCAUUUCUAGCUAAGUCUUCGGAGAUUCAACAAGUAAUAGAUCACAGUAUGCGGGAUUACAAAGCAUUUUUCAGGUGGUUAUAUGUAGUAAUUCUAAAAUUAACAGACGAGAGAAUACCGUCUGAAGUAAGUCGAGUCAGUCAACAGGAGUUAACAUUUAUAGCCGAAUUUUUACGUGGCUUUGAUAAAACUGAGCCAGGUAUUGGAGGCAGAAAGGGAGUGAAUUUAGAAAAAUUAGGCCAGUAUCUGCGUCGUGAAAAUUUACAGACUUGCCUAACCCCCGAAGGAAGCGAAUGGGCGGCAAUGCUUGAUGAAAAUCAUUGCCUUCGCGAUCAUCCAUUUAUCGUGAAACAAGAUCUCAAUUUUUCAUUAUUGCAAUCCCAUGCAAAAUUAAUUACCGCCGUACACACUGUUUUUGCUAAAGCUUAUCAAGGCUUGGUCGAUCAUUUUACUGUAUCGAGUAUUCCAUUGGCACCGUCUGUAGCAUUUACAUCUUCUCAAAUUGCAACAAGUAACGAUGGCUUGAUAGUCGCUACAUGUGACGUUGAUCACAAAAUAUUACGACUGUUCAAGGUGGAAUCUUCGCAAACAGAGCCUGUUUCGCUUAGCUUUAGAUUGGGUACAAUAGAUGUAGAUCACAGAUCAGAAUCGUAUUCUAAAAGCUAUAUAGACGGUACUGUAGUUGAUCUACAGUUUUACACUCAAGAGUAUCUGAGUGUAUUACUGCUUAACAAGCAUAGCCAAGCAUCAUAUCUCAUACAAUUACCACUAAACCAUACCCGAAUUUUCGAGAAUCAAAACAAGAAUUCAAUUAGCUUAACCGAACUCAUGGGCAACAAUUGGCCACGAUCGUUUCAUGGUAUCUCUGCUAGGCGACUGGCAGUUAGCGGUGCCCGAAAAGUAGCUGCCGUUUUAAGCGAAAGUAAUAGAAAAAUAAGGUUGCUAGAAACUGAAGUGGAACCCGAAGAAGAAGAUGAUGAAGAAGACGAAGACGAUGGAGGUAACGAUAGUAUGUUAGUUGCUGCACACGAAGCAACUGCAAGUAUGUCUCAUUGAAUCUACAUGCAUAAAACUA